UAAAAUAGACGUAUUAUUAAACAUGAAGCAUUUUUUGUAUAAAGUUGGAAUUUUGUUGAUCUUUUACAGGUUAUGUGUACUAAAUGUAUUAGAUGCUCAAGCUGUAGAAAUGCUGUUUCACAACCAGAAUAAUAAAAUUCAAAUGCAAAUGCAUAGCGAACCCAUUAUUUCUGGUUCAGUGGCUGCUCUCGGCCAAUUUCCUUGGCAUGUUAUUUUACGAAGAAAUGAAAACGAUGCGUUACUGUGUGGCGGUUCUAUUAUUUCAAAUAAUUGGGUGUUAACAGCUGGUCAUUGUUUAUAUAACAUCAGCUCUGUUUUUCUUAUGUUUGGUACAAUAGAUCUGUUCAAAUAUGACAUUAAAAUGACCUCUUCAAAAUUUUAUACAUAUCCCGAUUUCGACGUCAAAAACUUUAUUCAUGACAUUUCUCUUAUUGAACUACCUACACCUUUAAAUUUUACCAAAAACAUACAACCUAUAAAAUUGGUAUCUUCAGCUGAGGCUUCCAAUAAAUUCGUGGGUGUUGAAUGCAUUAUUAUGGGUUUUGGUAAAACAGACGACGCAGCUAACGAUACCGCUAAGGUAUUGCAAUGGGGUACGGUAGAAAUUAUUGAUAAUACUAUUUGCGCAAAGGCUUAUGGCGAUGAACGUAUGGAGGAUACCAUAAUGUGUGGCGUUGGUUAUAAUAACAGCAAGAUGACAACUUGCGAUGGAGAUUCUGGUGGUUCUUUAGUAUGGAACAAUAUACAGAUUGACAUAACAUCUUUCACAGUUAAAAACAUGUGUUCCAAAUAUCCUCCUGGUUUUACUAGAGUAACUUCAUAUUUGAAUUAUAUUCAAAACAUAACUGGUAUAAAUUUUUCAUAAUUAAA